UCAGGGGCCGCGGUGGCCGCCGCGGAGCAAGGCUGCCUCCAGAGAGCGCCCGGGCGCAGAAGGGUUAACGGGCCGCCGGGGCCGCGCAGAGCAGAGUGCACCCCCUCCACGCCCAGAUGCCUGAGUAGUGUGUUUACUUCCGGUCCCCUCCUCCCUUGCCCCGUGGCAACCAAGGGAGGAGCCAUGAAGGAGUGGGCGGGCAGGCCCCAGUUGUAUCUGAUGCUGCUUCUGUCCCUCCCUCAGCUCUGCCUAGAUCAGGAGGUGUUAUCUGGAUACUCUCUUCAGACACCCCCUGAGGAGGGCCAGGGCCCUGAGGGCGUCUGGGGUCCUUGGGACCAGUGGGCCUCUUGCUCCCAGCCCUGUGGGGUGGGAGUGCAGCACAGGAUCCGGAUGUGUCAGCUCCCUAGAGCUCAACUCCACCAGGGCCUGCCCCUCCCACCCCGGCCCCCAAGACAUCCAGAAGCCCUGCUCCCCCGGGGUCAGGGCCCCAGACCCCAGCCUUCCCGAGAAACCCUCCCCCUGUACAGGCCACAGCCUCGGGGAACAGGUGGCCCACUUGGAGGUCCUGUUUCCCAAUUAGGGAGAGAGGAGGCCCAGGAGACUCAAGGAGCCAGGAGGUCCCGGGUUCGAGACCCCAUCAAGCCAGGAAUGUUUGGUUAUGGCCGAGUGCCCUUUGCUUUGCCACUCCAUCGGAACCGCAGGCACCCCCGGAGGCCAUCCAGAUCUGAGCUCUCCCAGGCCUCAGAUCUUCCAUCCCUGACUCCAAGGGCAGAGCCAUCCUCUCCAAACCAUACCCCUCAAACUCACCUCCCUCCUACAGAACUGUCUGCCCACACCUUGUCCUCCCCAGCAGAACCCACAAGCCCCGAAACUGCUCAGACAGAGGUGCCCUCUAGAACCAGGCCUGAUCCCACACGGCCCCACCCCAGAGCCCAGGCCUCUGGCACAGAGCCUCCCUCGUCCAUCUUUUCCCCAGGAGAAAGUAGCUCCUUCCACGUGUCCCCUCAGCCAAGAAUGCCAAGUUCCCAGAGUUGGGCCAGUCCCCGGGUGGCAGAGAGACACCCUAAUCCUUUCCUUUCUGUCCCUCGGGGCCGAGGCCAGCAGAGCCGGGAACACUGGAGACCUGGGGGGAAUCUUCACGGGUCCCUCACAGAGUCUGCCCCGUACCACCCAGAUGGCUGGCUGCCUCUGCUGAGUGCUGGCCCCCACUCCAGCUCCCUCUGGAGCCUCUUUGCUCCCGGUAGCAUUGUCCCAAGAUGUUCUGGGGAGAUUGAGCAGCUGAGAGCCUGCAUCCAAGCGCCCUGCCCCCCUGAGCAGCCAGACCCCCGGGCCCUGCAGUGUGCAGCCUUUGACUCCCAGGAGUUCAUGGGCCAGCUCUACCAGUGGGAGCCCUUCACAGAAGUUCAGGGCUCCCAACGCUGUGAACUGAACUGCCGGCCCCGUGGCUUCCGCUUCUAUGUCCGUCACACCGAAAAGGUCCAGGAUGGGACCCUGUGUCAGCCUGGAGCCCCAGACAUCUGUGUGGCUGGACGCUGUCUGAGCCCCGGCUGUGAUGGGAUCCUUGGCUCUGGCAGGCGUCCAGAUGGCUGUGGAGUCUGUGGGGGUGAUGAUUCCACCUGUCGCCUCGUCUCGGGGAACCUCACUGACCGGGGGGGCCCUCUGGGCUAUCAGAAGAUCCUGUUGAUACCUGCUGGAGCCUCCCAGCUCCAGAUUGCCCAGCUCCGGCCCAGCUCCAACUACCUUGCACUUCGAGGCCCUGGGGGCCGGUCCAUCAUCAACGGAAACUGGGCUGUGGAUCCCCCUGGGUCCUAUACGGCCGGUGGGACCAUCUUCCGGUACAACCGUCCUCCUCGAGAGGAGGGCACGGGGGAAACUCUGUCAGCCGAAGGCCCCACGACCCAGCCUGUGGAUGUCUACAUGAUCUUUCAGGAGGAAAAUCCAGGUGUUUUUUAUCAGUAUGUCAUCUCUUCACCUCCUCCAAACCCUGAGAACCCCACCUCAGAGCCCCGUAUCCCCCAACUCCAGCCUGAGAUGUUCAGGGUAGAGCCCCCACCAGCUUCAGCACCCCGCCCUGCCCGGACCCCAGGCACCCUCCAGCGUCAGGUGCGGAUCCCCCAGAUGCCUGCCCCGCCCCAUCCCAGGACACCCCUGGGCUCUCCAACUGGAUACUGGAAACGAGUGGGGUACUCUGAGUGCUCGGCAUCCUGUGGAAAAGGUGUUUGGCGCCCCAUCUUCCACUGCAUUUCUCGUGAGUCAGGAGAGGAACUGGAUGAACGCAGCUGUGCCACGGGCGCCAGGCCCUCAGCCUCCCUAGAACCCUGCCACGGUCCCCCGUGCCCCCCAUACUGGGAGGCCGGCGAGUGGACGUCCUGCAGCCGCUCCUGUGGCCCUGGCACCCAGCACCGCCAGCUACGCUGCCGGCAGGAGUUUGGGGGGGGCGGCUCCUCAGUGCCUCCGGAGCGCUGUGGACAUCUCCCCCGUCCCAACAUCACCCAGCCCUGUCAGCUGCGCCUCUGUGGCCAUUGGGAGGUUCGUUCCCCCUGGAGCCAGUGCUCUGUGCGGUGCGGGCGCGGCCAGAGGAGCCGGCAGGUUCGUUGUGUUGGAAACAACGGUGAUGAAGUGAGCGAACGAGAGUGCGCAUCAGGCCCCCCGAGGCCCCCCAGCAGAGAGGCCUGUGACAUGGGGCCCUGCAUAACGGCCUGGUUCCACAGUGACUGGAGCUCCAAGUGUUCAGCUGAGUGUGGGACAGGAAUCCAGCGACGUUCUGUGGUCUGCCUUGGGAGUGGGGAGGCCCAUGGGGUGGGCCAGGAGGAAGUGGGAGCAGGAACCAGUGAGCAGAGCUGUGCACCAGGAAGCCGCCCCCCUGACAUGCGUGCCUGCAGCUUGAGGCCCUGUGAGAUGACAUGGUGCUGGUACAUGGGGCCCUGGACUGAGUGCUCCUCAGAAUGUGGCUCUGGCACACAGCGUAGAGACAUCAUCUGUGUGUCCAAACUGGGGGCUGAGUUCAAUGUGACAUCUCCUAGCAACUGUGCCCACCUGCCCAGGCCCCCUGCCCUGCAGCCCUGUCAGGGGCAGGACUGCCAGGACCGAUGGUUUUCCACACCCUGGAGUCCGAGGAGAAGACCUAGGAUUCAGGAGGAGCCUGGGGCACAGCAAAGGUCUGAUAUGAAAGCUGGGGUCUCCCCAGUGUUCUCGUUCCUGCCAGGGGGGCAUGCAGACAAGGGAGGUCCAGUGCCUGACCGCCAACCAGACCCUUGGCAUCCGAUGCCCUCCUCACCUGCGGCCCUCCAGGAGACGACCCUGUAACAGCCAACCCUGCAGCCAGCGCCCUGAUGAUCAAUGCAAGGACAGCUCUCCACAUUGCCCCCUGGUGGUACAGGCCCGGCUCUGCGUCUAUCCCUACUACACAGCCACCUGUUGCCGCUCUUGUGCCCAUGUCCUGGAGCGGUCUCCCCCGGAGCCCGCCUGAAAUGGGUCCAGGAGACCCUCUCCUCGUGGUUUUCUCAUGCUACCAUCAGUCACUCAUCAAUCAGCUCACUCUGUACCCUCUGGUUCUCCAGCCUGUCCUAGUCUCACCAGAGAUGUCCCCCAGGAUGGUUGAAGGUGGCAAGGUGACUGACAGUGACUAUCAAGACGUGUGGUUGGGUCUGUGUGGUGGUGUGAUGGUGUGUGUGCACAUAUGCCCCCAAAUGUGUAUCUGGGCCUGCACGGAUGUGUGUGCACUCAUAUGUGUGUAUCACUUCUCAAAAGGAAGUUAAACAGACUGAGAAGGAAUGGAGAGGGGACAAUGCCUGUGUCCCUGAGACUUUUCAGGGCUGAGAGGAAAGCAAGUUUGCAGCUCCUCAGUAAUCUGAGCUGCUUAGCGACUGGCUUCCGCAUCAAUCCUAACUUUGUGCCCUAAACUUCAUUUCUCAUGUUCAGGCCUCGUAUCUUCUAAACCACCCUUUUGUCCUCUGACCCCAUCUCCCCUUACCUAGUCUCUCUGUCCCUACCUUUCAUAAUUAGCUAGGGAUGGGGGGUCAGCCACUGCCAAUCCUGCCUUACCCCAGGAAGAGAGCCUACCUCCUGAGAGCAGGAACCAGCUGGGCAGAGGAAGGAAAAGAGAAAAGUUAGAAUAAGAUACCCUAACCCCUGCUCCGCUCCCCACCUCCUAAAACGGUUCCCACCCCAGAACUAAUUUAUUUUUUAUUAAAGAUGAUUAUGACAAAUGAGAAACAGGCUGUUUACUGUCCUCAUGGGAACCCAGCCAUACGGGCCACCUAAGCAAGCAAUGUGAGGUCAGAAUGAAGGGUGGGAAGGGGAACAGCACUCAGAGCCCAGGCGGAGAAGUUUGGGCCCAGAAAGGCUAAUGAGUGAGCCCCAGUCACCGCCUUGGUCAGAGGGACAGGAUCCUGGCUGACCCUGGCCCUGCAGGUUGGUCAUUGACCACUAGAGGUCACCACUUCUCCCAGUUUAGGUAUGGAGUCGGGAGCUUGGGUCUGGAGCCGAGGAAAAAACUGUGUGGUCUCUGGUGGGUUUCUCGGUAGGCUGAGGCUUUCUGUCAAGUCUCUUGGAAUCUAGUAGCACUUCUUUCAAUUU